AUGGGUCCGCGUAAUCCGUGUAAUUCCGGGAACAUCUUCCUUAAAUUCUGCAAUAAGCCAUUCCUUUAUAUUCCUUUAUUCCCUACUAACAAGAGGCAAGUAGACUCCUAUUCAACCGGCAACUGGGCGUCCUGGGGGAGUGGAGGCGGAGAGACCCAAAGACUGAGGCCCUUUGGCAACGACACCUGGGUUCUUCAAGUCCGAGUGGCUCAACCGAAGAACGCUACACCCCUGGAGCGUGAUAAGAACUUGAAGGACGUAUCGGAGCUCUUGUUUCGUAUGGCCGCUGAAACGGGAGCCAUCCGCCCUGACAGCUCGGAGGCAGGGGAGGAGAAUCUGAAAACACUGGAGCGGCUACAGCGCUUGGAGAAGCGUUUCAUAGGGAAGGGCGUGACUGAGAGCGAGGCGCGCAAUGCACUCCGCCUAUUCGAGCGAGAGCUGUCCAAGGCAAAUUGGACCGCGGAGAAGUUCGAGAAGCUGAAGCGUCAGCUGGCCGGAACGGAGGAGUGGUCGGCUUCUGACGUUGUUGCCGAGAGUUCCAUUCGCUGGCAGCAAAACAAGCGCCGCCAGGCCUGGUUUGCAGAUGCUUGCGAGCGAGUAGCUGUGCCCUUGGGGAUCGAAGCUGGCUACACCAGCAAUGGCGGAUGCUUCGUGGGACCCCUCUCCUCGGUGGCUGGUGCGGCGCUCACCACAACGUUGCUUUGCCACUUAGCGCACCUGGACCUCGAAGCAGCGACGAAGCGGUCCAAGAAGCUCUCGACUCCGCAGUUUCUCCAGGGCUUCGUUGACGGCGCCUUGAAUAAAGACCGCUACCUCGUUUGGGAGCGGCUUUUCUCUAUUGAGGAUGGUGCGUCUGCCGCCCGCUUUUGCCAGGAGCAUCUCAACAGCGGGUUCUUCGACGACGUCGGCCCUGAAAUCGCUGGUGAGAGCGGAGAGGAGCUCCAGGAUAUGCUCCGAAGCAUCUUCAACAAUCUGGCAGGGGGCGGCAGCUCGUCACGAGCCAGACAGCCAGUGCACCGGGAUGAGGAGGUGCCUUCUGGGCUGCCAUCAUCUUUCACGCCCUUUUCUGGCAAAGCCCAUCGCUUGGACAUGGAUGAGGCAACAGAGGAGCCUGCCACCAGCGACGACCCCAAGAAGUCAUGGGCCUUGACGUUCACCUCGAACUUGGAGUUGGCAAGGUGCAGCCGCAGAAGGAGCCGGGAAGAAGCGAAGAGGACCUACCACUGGACCUUCAGUGGCCAAGCUGUGAAAGAGACAAAGACUGGUACCGAAAGCUACUCCCAAGGCAAAAGUGCUGGGGAAAAGCGCAAGGGGCAAAUAGAGAGUGCUGCAGGUGCCGGGAAGCAAUUUCGAAAAGCGCAGCGCCUGCCGAUCACAAGGGUGCCUCAAGCUUGGGGUCCAAUCAAGGAGGCUCCUUCCAAUAACUACCCUCCUGCUGAAGAUGGAAGCCACGUUGCCAUGGGGAACAGCUUGCUGUGCCCGGUGCAGUCUGAAGCCUACGUUGUCAUGAUCGAUCCGGACAAUGUAUUGGGCACCGGCAAGUUCUCCACGGUCUACCUGUGCACGCACCGGAACAACCCAGACCGGAGGUUUGCACUCAAGGCCAUAUCGACCUACACCGGCGACAAGGCCUCGCAAAGCAGGAUCGUGGAGGAGAUCGCCAUCAUGAAGGCCAUCAACCACCACGCGAGCAUCAUCAGACUCAUCGAUAUGGACGAGUCAAUGGCCAACACCAUCCGAUUGGUCCUGGAGCUGUGUGAGGGUGGCGAGUUGUAUGAUCGCAUCCAACAGAAGCGAUUCUACUCGGAGCCGGAUACCAAGCUGCUAAUCAAGAACCUCCUGGAGGCUGUGGAGUUCAUCCACAGCAAGGGCAUCAUGCAUCGCGACUUGAAGCCGGAGAACAUCCUUCUUGUCAGCAAGGUGAGCAACACGGACAUCAAAGUCUCCGACUUUGGACUCGCCAAGCUUUCGCGGGAUUUUCCUCGGCGGCUCCCCCGGUCGACGUCCAUUUGUGGUUCUGACUUCUACCUUGCUCCAGAGGUGAUCAAGCAGGAGGAGUAUGGCCGCGAGAUUGACAUUUGGGCUGUUGGUGUCAUCACCUUUGUCGUUCUGAGCGGCGCCUUGCCCUUCUUCAACCCUGUGCUGCACAAACUGUACCGCCAGAUUGUCGAGAGGGACGUAAGCUUUGCUGAUGAUCGGUGGCGCGCUGUAUCAGCCGGGGCGCAGGACUUCAUCCUCCGGCUGUUGCAAGUGAGAGCAGGCGACCGCCUGAGCGCAGAGCAGGCCGCACCUGAGAGGGACUGGUGCGUGGGGGUUUUGGGAAAUGUUGGUUAG